AUGGCUGCAACCGAAGCGGCAACUCGUCCAGCCGUGCGCGCCAUAGACGUGGGGGUCUAUUAUGGCUCCAACAAGGUGGUCGAAGGCGUGAGCCUGGACAUACCGGAACAUGAGAUCACCGCGAUCAUCGGGCCCAGCGGGGCAGGGAAGAGCACGCUGCUGCGGUGCAUUAACCGCAUGAACGACCUCAUCGAGAUCUUCCGGAUGGAAGGCGAAAUGUGGUUUGGCGAUUUCAACCUUUACGAUCCCGGAUCGGAUCCAACGCAGAUCCGGUACAAGAUUGGAAUGGUGUUCCAGCGUCCCAACCCGUUCCCGAAGUCGAUUUACGACAACAUCGCCUUCGGCCCGCGCAUCAACGGGUUCAGCGGCAACAUGAACGACAUGGUGGAGCAGUCGCUGAUGGCCGCAGCGCUGUGGGAUGAAGUCAAGGACCGGCUCAAGGAGUCGGCUCUGUCGCUUUCCGGCGGGCAGCAGCAACGGUUGUGCAUCGCCCGAGCGCUGGCGGUGGAGCCCAGCGUGGUCCUGAUGGACGAGCCCUGUUCGUCCCUGGACCCGAUCGCGACGCUUGCCAUCGAGGAGUUGAUGCAAGAGCUCAAAAAGACCUACAGCAUCGUCAUCGUGACGCACAACAUGCAACAGGCGGGGCGGGUGUCCGACAAGACGGCCUUCCUGAUGCCCGACGAGAAACGCGUGGCGCACCUGAUCGAAUUCGGGGGACACCCGAACGCUGUUCACCAAUCCCGCCGACGAGCGCACAGAGGCAUACAUCACGGGCCGAUUUGGCUAGGCACCCGGGCAGCAGCCAAGCGGUCUGAGGUUCACCCAAAGGGGGCGUCGAAUGCUGAGAUCAGAUUACGAACGCGAUCUGUCGAGCCUGCAAGCCGACCUGACAGAGAUGGCCACCCACGUCGAGCAAGCGACCCUACGCGCGCUCGAGGCGCUGCAGAAUCAAGACCUCGCACUGGCGCAGCAGAUCAUAGACGAAGACGACCAUCUGGAUCAUCUUCAAGACGCCCUUGA